UGGCCGCCGCGCCGCGCACCCAUGGACGGCCCGGCCAUCAUCACCCAGGUGACCAACCCCAAGGAGGACGAGGGCCGCGCGCGGGGCGCCAGCGAGAAAGCAUCCCAGUGCAACGUCAGCUUAAAGAAGCAGAGGAGCCGUGGCAUCCUCAGCUCCUUCUUCUGCUGCUUCCGUGACUACAAUGUGGAGGCGCCGCCCAACAGCAGCCCCAGUGUGCUUCCGCCCUUGGUGGAGGAGAAUGGUGGGCUUCAGAAGCCCCCAGCUAAAUACCUCCUUCCAGAGGUGACGGUGCUUGACUAUGGAAAGAAAUGUGUGGUCAUUGAUUUAGAUGAAACAUUGGUGCACAGUUCAUUUAAGCCUAUUAGUAAUGCUGAUUUUAUUGUUCCGGUUGAAAUCGAUGGAACUAUACAUCAGGUAUACGUGCUCAAGCGGCCCCACGUGGAUGAGUUCCUCCAGAGGAUGGGGCAGCUCUUCGAGUGUGUGCUCUUUACUGCCAGCCUGGCCAAGUACGCAGACCCCGUGGCUGACCUGUUGGACCGCUGGGGCGUGUUCCGGGCCCGGCUCUUCAGAGAAUCAUGCGUCUUCCAUCGUGGGAACUACGUGAAAGACCUGAGUCGCUUGGGCCGGGAGCUGAGCAAAGUGAUCAUUGUGGACAAUUCUCCUGCCUCGUACAUCUUCCAUCCCGAGAAUGCAGUGCCCGUGCAGUCCUGGUUCGAUGACAUGACGGACACAGAGCUGCUGGACCUCAUCCCCUUCUUUGAGGGCCUGAGCCGGGAAGACGACGUGUACAACAUGCUGCACAGACUCUGCAGCAGGUAGCGCCGGCCCCCGAUGCCUCCCACCCGUGCGCCCUGCAGCCGCCGGCCUCGGGGGCCCACCCGGCCACAGCUCCCCGGGAGCGCCCAGUGGGGACACUCCGUGCUCCAGGCCACGAGGGCCAUGUGGCCAUACCUACCUGGUUGCUUUUUUAAGAACAGAAACAACUAUUUUAAAAUGAACUCUUUUAACCAAUUUCAUAAAGGGACAUGCAUUUUACUGGAUUUGCUUUUCUUAAAACAUACCAAAAAGGAUAAAAAUGGGGAGGGGGGAGAAAAAAAGCUUGAGAUCUAUCAGAACUUCCUUUCAACUGGCCCCACUUGGCCCCCUCCUCCAAGCAGACAACCUGUCCCUUUCUAUCCCAGCUCGGAGCAGCUGACCCAACUCAGAAUCUCUUUCCUCCAGGAUGAAGUGCCUUUUUGAAUGUUAUUUUAAGCUGAGAGUUAAUUUUUCUACACAACAUAUUUCCAGACAUCUUUUAGUCUUUUAUUAUCUUAAGAUUCUCUAAAAAAAAAAAAACCGAAUAUGACAAUUUUCUAGAACCUGGGGUGGGCGGGUGGCGAGGGAUGGAGGUGAGUCCUAGAAGCCAGUCUCCCAGCAGGUGUGCGUGCUCUGACGCCCGGUGGCGGCGCUGCAGGACCGGGCUCCCGCAAGGAGCCUCGACGACCGUGGCAGUGUCUUGGUUCAUUACGUACCCAGUUUGGAAUGUACCUGCAGUCGUGCGGCUCGACACUUUAGGAAACAAUAGAUACUUUUAUAUUAUCACUGUUACUUCGGAUGGUGACAGUUGUGUCCUGCGGUCACACUUUCCCCUUGAAAAGUGGCAUCGUCACCUCUACUUUCAACCACUGCCAUACUUCUGUACGUUUUUUGUUCUGUGGCUGUCGUUCUGGGUAGAGCAGUUCCAAGAAACUCCAAAACCCUCGGAUAUCUUAAAAAAAAAAAAAAAGAAAGAAAGAAAUCUGUUGAUUGAUUUUUAAAUUUUUCCUUUCCAAAAGCUGGAUACACACGGAGCUGUUUGGGAAUUUUCUUUGCUGCUACCACGCUGCCACCAAAUGGAAUUGACCAGCG